AUGGCGCCCUCCCUGGCCACCCUGGGGGCCGCCCUUAGCUACGUCAUCCUGGCGGGGGGGCCCGCGUGGGCUGAAGCGACGGGGAGCGCCGGCGUGGGGAGAGGAGGUGUUUCGGAUGGCUCGUCCGGCGGGCUGCUGGGCGAGUCCGCUGACGGGGCCCGGGGGGGCGCUGUCAGAGGCCUUCGGCAACAGAACCAGGUUUUGAUAACACAGGGACCCUUACCAAAUUCAUUCUCGAAUAAGGGUGAGGCAGAUGUCCAUUUUGUGGUGGAGGGCUUUUUCACAAGCACAGUGUGCUCCUUGCGGCACGACAGCGAAGUAGUGUGGGGCUGGCACAACUGCACAUCGCCAUACCUACUGGAGAAUUUGAGCAGGGAUGGCAGAUAUACAUUCCAGAUUCAGGCUCUGACUGGUGGUAGUCUCCCGGGGGGCAGUGCCUCUGUCAGCUGGACUGUGGACACAGUGCCACCUGACACGCACUUUGUGGGUGAACUGCCUGACAAGGAAACCAGUGACACCUCUGCGGUCUUCAACUUCGAGGGAACUGACGGGCUUUUUACUGUCGAACACUUUGAGUGCAGUUUUGACAGCAGGGCAUGGGAGGACUGCCACAGCGGCAUCAGGGUGGAGGGGCUGUCUGUUGGCCUGAACACAAUUCGAGUGCGGGCUGUGGAUCGGGCAGGGAACGUGGACCCCACCCCAGAACGGUUUGGUUGGAUCGUUGGGGCAGAGCUUGAUAGGCCAGUCGACGAUUCUGUGGAUACACCUAUCGGGGGACAGCCAGGCAGCAGGACUGGACUAGACACAGAGCCUGUCGUUUCUGCCAGUGGCAGCGAGACUGACCCAGCGAUCAUCGUUCCAUCAGACCAUGCUGAAGAGGACGGGGGAAACUCUGGGUUGCGUGCGGCUGUGAAUGCAGCUGGGAACAAUGUGCUGGCGACUGUGGGCAUUUCGAUCGCCGUCGUGUCAGUCAGCCUGCUGUGCUGUGUCUGGGCGUGCAUGUUCUGCCGCAAGUCCCGAGCCAGCAGGCUGGGCCAGCGCCUGGUGGACCUGGAGCACCAGCUUGCCACAGUCAGGCAGGGGCAGCCCACCCUGGGUAGCGGUGGGGCCGAUGCAGUAGAUGUGGAUGGAACCCAAAUCGCAUCGUUGUUAGAAGCCAGCCUGCCCGACAACUGCAGGCGCUUCACCUACGCUGAGCUGUCUGACGCCACUGGCGGCUUCAGGGAGGAGAGCGUGCUGGGCGAGGGAGGCUUUGGGAAGGUGUUCCAUGGCGUGCUGAAGGAUGGCACACAGGUGGCAGUGAAGAAACUGGAGAAGGGGGGACAGCAGGGAGACAGGGAAUUCUACAUCGAGGUCUCAACACUGUCCAAGAAGUGCAACAGUGCCAACCUUGUUCGGCUGCUCGGUGCCUGUGUCGAGGGCAACAAUCGGCUUUGCGUGUUUGACCUGAUGGAAUGGGGCAAUCUACGAGAUCUCUUGGAUCGCAAGGACAUGCGUCUGGAUUGGGAGGGCAGGGUGAAGGCAGCCAUAGGCGCCGCCAAGGGACUGUCGUACCUGCAUGAAGGGGAGGGUCUGUCUGUUGUCCACAGGGAUUUCAAGUCAGAAAACGUACUGCUUGACAGAUAUGGGGAGGCCCACAUUUCCGACUUUGGAUUGGCAACAAUAAUGCCAAGGAGCACUCACUCGAGGAGUGGCAGACGGUCAAUCGCGACGGCCCAGUCCACUGCGAUUCUGGGAACUUUUGGGUAUGUGGCCCCUGAGUAUGCAACAACGGGGCGUGUGACCACCAAGUCAGAUGUAUACUCUUUUGGCGUUGUCAUGCUGGAGCUGCUGACGGGCCGCCAUGCUGUGGACAUGAAGCGACCAGAAUGCGAGCAGCACUUAGUGCAGUGGGUGCUAAGAAGGAAGGACACACUGGAUGAGUUGAUCAAGGCUGCUGACCCAGCCAUGGAAGACCAGGUGUCAGAGGUGCAGCUGGCGGCCUAUGUUGAGUUGGCCGCUUCGUGCCUCCACAUCAAUCCGCAGCACAGGCCAUCGAUGUCCGCCGUGCAUUUGGCCUUGGAACAGCUCACGUCAUUCGGGCCUGACGAUGGCAGCACCCGCAACUCCUCAAAGCGGGCUCUGCUGCUGGACAGGAAGUCAUCCACAUCGCGUGUUGCUGAGGUCCCACCUUUGCCCAAGCUGCCAACUAUCCAUUCCACCCCACAGGAACAAGAAGACUUCUACAGCGGUCGAUCAACACACACUGAGCCUGAGGAUCAGGGCCGGCCAGGCGCUGAUCCAGACCAGCAGGCUCUGGGAAGCGAGCACAGGGGCGUGGUGCUGGGCAAGGCAGUGGAAUGGGUGCGUUUUGAGGACAGGUCAAGGGGGAACGUGGACAGAGCGCAUUCUGAGACGCUCGUGUCCACCAGCGCAAUUUCAGAUCCCAUAAUAACUGUGCACAGCGCACGUGAGCAGGGGCGGGAACGCAGUGCCACCUGGGGAUUCGAUGCCGACGUGCAGCGCGGGGUACUUGUGUCAGGUGUGCUAUCGACAGGGAAUGGUGAGGUGCCAGGGGGAGCUUCUCCCUGCCCCGAGGUGCAUAUGGGCCGAGACUACCCAAGUACGGCCACAGCAACGCCAGUCUCGCCUGCGUCAGGGUCCGAGGCCACGCCCUUGGCCUCUCGGGCGAAUUCGGCGGAUCUGCAACAGAGCGGCGGUCAGCAGCAGCCGCCCUGUUGA